AUGCAGAGAAGUCACGCUCUUAGCAAGGAGCCUACUGCUGGUCACGUCCUCGGCAACCUGAGCAGGAAGCAAAGGCUGUUCACAUUUUAUCCUGUGGGGCUGGGAUCUAGUCGGAGACGUGUGUUGAAUUGCCACAAGUCUUUUGGCUCUGAUCCUGGGGCGUCCGACAACGAACAGCCGCAACUUGCGGUGCAAAACUGGGAGCCCGGAGACGCAGGCUCCCCCAACCUGCCUAUACCGCUUCUCAUCCUGUUCUUGGGCUUCACACCAGCAACUGCACCGGCCCUCAACGGUCCGUUUGCCACACUCUGGGAGGUUUUGUUGUCCCUGGCGAUUCUGGCGAGCCUCGUCUUCAAGUUCCAGUCUCUAGUUGCAUCAGCAGGCGGCCGAGAGUCCGCUUAUGGGAUGCAAGAAGGGCCCGCCUUUCUGCCUGCUCCAAUCCGGCGGAGACUUUAUUCUUUCGCCUUAAACGGCCCCCGCUCUCUCAUCCCGCUAAUGCUGCGCAAAGCUCUUCUUUCCGUCCUCUUUCCCUGCAAGGAGAUCCUUGCAGAGACUUGGGAUCCUUUUAUGCACGCUUUGCCCCUGGUUCUCCCUCUGGCAAAAGUUCUCGUAGUCGCGCAGCAGAGCUCGCGCCCUGUCUCUCCACGUAGGGUUCUGAAGCUGGUGCUCUCUUCUCCCGCCGUCCUAGUUGUCAUAUUCGCAGUGGUGGCGACAGCGCCGAUCCGAUUAGAGCAGAUGAAGUCGAGUCGUGUGGUUGGUGAAGAUGGGUAG